GUGCGCGGGGGCGCGCGCGCGCGAGCCCGGGAGGAGGCUCCCGAGCGAGUCGGUCCUGGCGGCGCAGCCCGCUCCCCCGCGCCCUAUGUGAGGGAAUCGGGGAGGCCAGCGGCGCGCAGGGGAGGGCGAGGCAUGUGCACGGGCCGGGGGCUGCUGCAGCCGCCCGAGGAAGAGGAGGACGGCGGCGGCGGCGGCGAGGAGGAGAGCGGGGGACUCGCGGCGGCGGGCCCGGGCCGCGGGGAUGCAGCGGACUCUGUGUGUCUGGCUGUAGCUGACGCGAGGCGGCGAGGAGGCGCCGGAGACCCGCGAAAGGGGCGACCGGGAGGCGGCGGCGGCCGGGAGAAGUAGCAGCAGGACGGGCGGCGGCGGCGGCGGCGGAGACAGCAGCCUUGAAAUGCAUUUUCUUCUCCAGCGGCCAUGUUAACCAGGAAACCUUCGGCCGCCGCUCCCGCCGCCUACCCGACCGGCCGAGGAGGGGACAGCGCCGUUCGUCAGCUUCAGGCUUCCCCGGGGCUCGGUGCGGGGGCUCCCCGGAGCGGAGUGGGGACCGGCCCGCCCUCCCCGAUCGGCCUGCCGCCUCUCCGGGCCAGCAACGCUGCCGCCGCAGCCCACACGAUUGGCGGCAGUAAGCACACAAUGAAUGAUCACUUACACGUCGGCAGCCACGGCCACGGACAGAUCCAGGUUCAGCAGCUGUUCGAGGAUAACAGUAACAAGCGGACAGUGCUCACGACACAACCCAAUGGGCUCACCACGGUGGGGAAGGCGGGCUUGCCGGUGGUGCCCGAGCGGCAGCUGGAGAGCAUCCACAGACGGCAGGGCAGCUCCACGUCUCUGAAGUCUAUGGAAGGCCUGGGGAAGGCGAAAGCCACCCCCCUGACCCCUGAACAAGCAAUGAAGCAAUACAUGCAAAAACUAACCACCUUCGAGCACCAUGAGAUUUUCAGCUACCCCGAAAUCUAUUUCUUGGGUCCAAAUGCAAAGAAGCGCCAGGGCAUGACGGGCGGGCCCAACAACGGGGGCUAUGACGACGACCAGGGAUCCUACGUGCAGGUGCCCCAUGAUCACGUGGCUUACAGGUACGAGGUCCUCAAGGUCAUCGGGAAGGGAAGCUUCGGACAGGUGGUCAAGGCCUACGACCACAAAGUCCACCAGCACGUGGCCCUGAAGAUGGUGCGGAAUGAGAAGCGGUUCCACCGGCAGGCGGCGGAGGAGAUCCGAAUCCUGGAGCACCUGCGCAAGCAGGACAAGGACAACACCAUGAACGUCAUCCACAUGCUGGAGAACUUCACCUUCCGGAAUCACAUCUGCAUGACGUUCGAGCUGCUGAGCAUGAACCUGUACGAGCUCAUCAAGAAGAAUAAGUUCCAGGGCUUCAGCCUGCCUUUGGUUCGCAAGUUUGCCCACUCGAUUCUGCAGUGCUUGGAUGCUUUGCACAAGAACAGAAUCAUUCACUGUGACCUUAAGCCCGAGAACAUUCUAUUAAAGCAGCAGGGUAGAAGCGGUAUUAAAGUGAUCGAUUUCGGCUCCAGUUGUUACGAGCAUCAGCGUGUCUACACAUACAUUCAGUCCCGUUUUUACAGGGCUCCGGAAGUGAUCCUUGGCGCCAGAUACGGCAUGCCCAUCGACAUGUGGAGCCUGGGUUGCAUUUUAGCAGAGCUCCUGACUGGUUACCCACUCUUGCCUGGGGAAGAUGAAGGGGACCAGCUGGCUUGUAUGAUUGAACUCUUGGGCAUGCCCUCCCAGAAACUGCUGGAUGCGUCCAAACGAGCCAAAAAUUUUGUGAGCUCCAAGGGUUAUCCCCGUUACUGCACUGUCACGACUCUGUCAGACGGCUCUGUGGUUCUCAACGGAGGCCGUUCCCGGCGGGGGAAACUGAGGGGCCCACCUGAGAGCAGGGAGUGGGGGAAUGCACUGAAGGGGUGUGACGAUCCCCUUUUCCUUGACUUCUUAAAACAGUGUUUAGAGUGGGAUCCUGCGGUUCGCAUGACCCCUGGCCAGGCUUUACGGCACCCCUGGCUGAGGAGGCGGCUGCCAAAGCCUCCGACGGGGGAGAAGACAUCCGUGAAGAGGAUAACCGAGAGCGCUGGUGCUAUCACAUCCAUCUCCAAGUUACCUCCGCCUUCCAGCUCGGCUUCCAAACUGAGGACUAAUUUGGCACAGAUGACGGAUGCCAAUGGGAAUAUUCAGCAGAGGACAGUGUUGCCAAAACUUGUUAGCUGAGCUGAGUCCCCUGAUGCUGGUAAUCUGAAAGAUACGACAUUGCUGAGCCUUACCGGGUUGAAAAGGAGUAGCUCAGACCUGUUUUUAUUUGCUCAAUAACUCAACUCAUUGGUAUCUUUUCAGCACUUAUUUUAAUGUAAGAAAGUUGUUCAUUUUGUUUUUAUAAAAUACAUGGGGACAAUGCUUUAAGUUUUUAUACUUCCUGAAACUGUUUUUGUGUUCUAAAAGUAUGAUGAGCCUUACUGUAUCUAGUGUGGCAGAGUAAUAAACAUCAGUGGCAGGCCAUUGAUUACUUCGUGACUGCUGCGCAUUUACAGAUUGGUGUCAAAGACGUUCACUGUUCCUAUGGUUCAUAGUAUAUUCUCCCUGAGGCGACUGCCCCCGCAGGGCCCCCUCCUCCCUCCAUGCUCCAGGUUCAUGCACAGGUGUAGCAGGCCCUGCCUCCCAUUUCCCAUAAGUCACGUGGGUGGUAGUGAGGGUGGGAGAAGAAGGGUCAGGACGACAAUGAUACUCUAAGAAGAACUGCACCUUAAGAGAUUUUGUUUUUUUUUCCUAAACCAGUGGUCAAACAGACACGACCUUCCCAAGGUUUUAAAUGCCCACUUGGCAUUCUGACUUUCUAAAAGCUGGCCAAGCACACCUGGGUGGAUAAAUGGAAACGUGUGUGUUCCUUCAGAUUCUCUAAUAUGAUCAGCAAGCUGUUUUGUAAAGAAGCCUCAGAUCAUGGACUUGGUUUUGCAGCUAAAUAUAGAAAUGUAUUCCAUGAACUGUUCCUCCUCUGCUUUCCUCCUCUCUGUUCCUCUUUCACCACACAUCUGUUGCUUGCAUUCAGGUUUGGUUUUUUUUCCCCCCUUUCUUCAAAUAUAUAUCCCAGACUGUUAAUACAGAAGAGAGACAUUUCAGCUGUGAUUAUGACCAUUGUUUCAUAUCCCAGUUUAAAAAAAGAACAGAAGCCUAGCUACUUAAGGUGGGGAUUUCCAUAGUUCCAAAGAAGGUUCAGCAAAUUAGAGUGAGUUCACACUUUUCAGGUGCCACUGUAAGGUUCUCUUAGCCUGGGAAAGCAUCAACUCUUUCUUUAAAAAUAAAGAAGGUUGAAAAUCCUCUUGCUGAACAGAAGGCAUUGUGACUGUUCAAUGAGUCCAGUUUUAACAACAAAUUUAAAGGAGGAGAAGCUCAAUCUCAAGUUAAAUGGUUUGACUUAUUCGCAUCAUUAGAAAAAUCACAAAUUGCAUUCCUCUAUCUUACUUCCUUUUGGAUUGCACUGAUUGUUUUUGUGGGAAUGACACUUUACCUGGGAAAGUAACUGAGAGUUAGGUAAAAGAAUAUUUUCCUCUCUGAAUAAUUAUUUUCAAAGUGAAAAAUUCAGUAUUUUAUCACUAAUGUAUGAGCAGUGGUAUUUACCAAUUUCAAGGCACGUGGAAGAAAUUUUUUAGUAUGUGCAAUUUAAUAUAGAAAGAUUUUUGCCUGUUUGGGUAAUAGGUUUUGGGUAGUAUAAAUUAGGAUAAAUACUCUUUUUAUAUGCACAGAUAUUAUUGUAUUGCCUGUAAAUUGAUUUACAAGUACUUAAAGCAUGGUCCCCGGCGAGGCCAAGAAAGUUUCCGGUUAAGUUCUUUAAAUAUUAGUCCUACAGUUUCUCUUACU